AUGAUUUAUUCCAAAUUAGAUCUUUUCUCUUCUUAAUUUUAAUUUGGUAUUGGUGGGUAAUAUAAAAAAAAGGGCACAUUGUUCGGAACCCUUUUGUCUAUGAUCAUAGUUUUGACAACAUUUGCAUAUUUUGUUUACAUUCUUUAUCAAUAUUAAACCAACUAAAUAGAACCAAAUUUUAGAACUUAAAGCUUUAUUACUGAAGACACUAUUGAUAUUGAUCUAAAUACUGACCUGGUAGGAUUUUAGUUUGUUUACGGGACACAACCUAACUUUAAUAAGACCUAUAUUUCAUUUUUAGCCUAUUAUCAUUUAUAAAUUUAGGAUAACUUUACAAUGAUACCUCUAAAUAUAAUUAAUUGCACUAACCCAAAUUUAGAAGGCUUUUAAUGCUUAGAUUUCUCUACUUUAAACAAUUACAAGCUGACUCUUAAUACGAAAUAGAAUAUUUAAUCUGCUUUGUGGAUAUUUACUUAUAGAUGUAUUGACGAGGACACUCAAAAGACUUCUAUUUCUGAUAAUUGUGCUAACGAAACUGACAUAGACAACAUAAUUAAUGAUAAAAAUUCAAUAAUAAGAUUAAAACUAUUCACUUCUUAAUAUAACACUAGUUCUUAAUAAAUGUAGGUGAAUUAUAGAAAUGCUUACAUAAAUCCUGUAUCAACCUUAUAAAUUUUAACAUAGAUAAAAUCAGAAAAAUAAGUUACAUCUAUCAAAGAAGGAGCUAUUGUUUAAUACGAAAAGUCUUUCUCUUCUCCUAUUUCUUACAGUUAGUAGGAUUAGCCUACAGAUAGAGUGCAAUCUGAGCAGUAAGUAGGAGUUGGAAGCAUAAGCAGUAUUUUUAUCUAUCCUGAUGAAAUUGUAUAGAAUACUCAAAUCUAAUUUUUAGCUCUUCCUUAAAUAUUAGCUUCUAUUUACAGUGUUUUUACUCUCUUAAUGUUCUUAGGAGUAUUUGGAAGGUAAAUCUCAAGCUCACUUCUAAAUAAUGAUUUGCUGCAUAUUUUCAUGAAAAACAUUUAUCUGGAUACCUAUUUGAAAAUUGCUGAUUGUUAGACAACUAAAUAAGAGAAUCUAUACCAAGUAAAUUUAGAUUCAAGAAGGCAGGAUAUUAAAGAAAGCCAGGCAUAAAAUUUACACUAAAACAAUAGAAGAGAAUUCAUAGAAGAAAACGCAGGAGAAGUUGAUGAAUAAAAACCUGAAGAAGAAAAAUCACAAAUAUUUGUUCCUGCUUUUCGUAAUAGGUAAAAAAAUUCUUUAGAUGUUGAUCAGUCAUCAAAUUUAUUUAGUCCUACUAACUUUGAUAGAUAAGCUUUUUUGUAAAAGUAAGCCUUAGUUGUGGAAAACUAAGAGGUUUGUAUAUAAAAAUGUUAAGAUAAAUUAAUUAAUAGGAAUUCAGUAAUCUCCUAGUAUAAUGAGGAAAGCUGUUAAGAAAAAUAAAAUAUUAUUCAGGAUUGUGUUAUAGAAGAACCAACUUAAUAGUAUUAAAUUACAUAGAAAACAGAGAUGACACCUGGAAAUUUAGUUAACAGGAAUUUAGUACUCUCCUUUUAUAAUGAUGAAAAUUUUAAAGACGAAUUAAAUAACCUUCAGGACUAUGUAAAAGAAGAAUCAACUUUAUAGCAUUAAAUCACCUAAAAGUCUGAGAUGUCACCUGAAAACUGCUAAAGAUCCUUUAUUUAAAGCUAGAUCAAAUCAAAUUUUAAAAUUAAAUAAGAGAUAGAUUCAUAAAGCAAAUAAAUAUGUUAAUCUAAAAUAAAUAAAAAUUUUUUUAAAAUGCUAAUUUAAAAAAUAUUAUCUAUUCAAGAUGCAAACAUUUCAAAAAAAAUAAGAUCAAUCUUUUCUAAAGUUAUUUUUUGUAGAUAUAUUAAUUUAAAUAGCGUACAUGGAAUUACUGCUGAUCAUCAAAAUAAAAUAUAAAAACAAAUUACUAAUGAUUAGAAUAUUUUAAGCUAUUUUAGGGAUAUUUUAUUUUUAAAGAAAGCUGUCAUGCUCAUGAUGACUAAAGAUUAGCUAGCAAUUUUGUAACUUAUAGGAUGUUCUUCAAAUUUUUUAGAUUUAGAUCUAGAUAAAUUAGAAACUGAUCCAACUUAAUUAGGUAAAGUUCUUUCAUCUAUCUUGUUAGUUAGUUUAUUUAUUUUAUAUUAAAAUAUCUAGAAAAAUUUAACUCCUUAAGCCAUUUCGAAGCAUAAUUUGCAAUUUAUUAAUCGAAAAGCUUACAGAAGAAAUAUGCUGACAAAUUUUUACAAAGAUGCUACGAAAAUGAAAAAUUAAGCUACUUAGAUAAUAAAAUUUUAUCUUCAUUAAAAAAAUCUUAUUAAAAUUGCACAUUUAAUUAAACAGAUAAGUUUGAUUUGUGAAUAUUUAUGUUGUUAAUGUCUUGCAUUUAAUAUAAAAUUAUAAAUAGUAUAACUGUUACUGCGUUUGAAAUAUUACUAAUGA